AUGACCUACUCUUUCUACGACGGGACUAUCCCAGUACUCAAGAGCAUCCUCACCUCCCUGAAGAAUGUCCUCAACAAGGCACAAGAGCGCCCUGAUUACGAGUCCCUAGUUCAGGCUCGGCUCUAUGAAGACAUGAAGCCAUUGGAGUCCCAAAUCCGAAUUGCAACCCAGUUUUCAGAGAACCUUAUCGCAAAGUUGACUGCCCGCGAAGCUGUUGUAUUCGAAGACAACCUUACUUCCUUCGCCCAAUUCCACGAGCGCAUUGACAAAGUCCUGCAGUCACUGAAGGGCAUUGACAAGGAUUUCGUCAACAAACAAGCUGAAGUGAGUGGCCCCGUCCAGCUCGGGCCCGCUAAGAGCGCCGAUAUGACGAAUGCUGCGUAUGCCCAUGGUAUAUGCUUGCCCAACAUCUACUUUCAUCUUACCACCGCCUAUGGCAUUCUGCGGAAGGAGGGUGUCCCACUGGGCAAAAUGGACUAUUUCAUUGGAUUUGCCGAGUUCAUGAUCCCCCAAGCAGCAGGGAAGUAUUGA